AUGAAUACCUCAUCUUAUCAGAAACUCAACAAAUUAUCGUGUAAAGACUUCCAAAAGCAGGAACACAAACAAGAAGAAGAACAACAAACCAAAACUCAAGCUCUCAAGAAGGGAACAGAUCCUCUUCCUUAUAUCCCCCAAGCCAAGUCAGCCGACGAUCGCUCACUCUCCAAUAACAACAAGGACAAGGAUGAAACAAUGAAAGCCGGAUCCAUCUUAUGGCAUAUGCUGUGCAAAACUGUGGGGUACAUAUCCCAUCAAUCAAUUCAGAUGGUACAUGUGCAACCAGUUCAUCCAAUCCCUUCCCAAACACGCCAAUCUCAACUUUUGCCUAAUCACCAAAACGCGGCGUCAACGGACCGUCAGGACCGCCCACAACAAGUUUAAUAUGAGGAUAAAUAGAAUAAACGAAAAGAACAAGAGAUUUAGAUAGAUGACAACGAUACAAUUUAGGGAUCAUAUGAUGACGGUCAUUUCUUGAUUUGUGGUCCGGUUGUUAGUUGCAAGAAGAAAUCGUGGACGGAAGGGGCGAUUUAUGGGAACCAGGAUCCAGGAUCUGAGGAAUUCACUCACACACUUAAGAAGCGAACUAUGCUCUUGGCUGCCGUCCCAAUAAGCUUACUAUAG